ACUAUAUAUUAUAAGUUUUCCUUGUAACUUCUCUGUUUUUUUCAUCUAUUUUAUUUGUUGACUAUUAGUCCACCUUAUUGAAGAUCUUUAUAAUCUUUAUUCCACACUUUUUCUCCUUUUUUAUCCUAUGAUUGUACGGAAUAAAUUAUUCUUCUAAAUUAAAGUUACUUGUCAUUUUCGACAUUUAUUUUUUACUAUACUUUCAUCAUUUUUGUUGAAUGCAGCAGUAGAGAAUAUUUUGUUGCUUCAAUAUAAUAUAAAGUUAUAUUAGUAGCUACAAGAUCAUAAAUAUAAAGGGGAAAAUGGCUACUACUACAAAGAAGAAAACAGAGAAAACAAUUCCUGGAUUAGUGGAUUUGGUGUUUUCUUGGUCUUUAAAGGAUGUGUUGAACAAAGAUCUUUACAAAGACAAGGUGAAAGAAAUUCCAGAGACGUUUGUGUCGAUUGAUCAUUAUUUGAAGUCAUACGUUACUCCACUUCUUGAAGAAACACAUGCUGAUUUGCUCUCUAAUGUGUCUGCUGUUUCGCGGGCACCUGCUCUUGAGGUUGUUGAUGUGAAAGUAUCGAAAGAUUUUAACCCUCCGAAAGGUUUAUAUUACAAUAUUUUGUUGAGAAGAAAUCAAAAUAGAGAGGUGGGAGAGAGUAAUGAAUCAAAGCAUGAAUCGAAAUAUGAACCAGAAGUUGGUGAUUUGAUUGCACUAACAGAUGUGAGACCACGAAGAAUGGAGGAUUUAAACAGGCCUAAGAGAUCAUACCUCAUUGCUAUAGUUCAAGGUAUGAAUGAUGAUGGUUAUAGAAUACCUAUCUUGUCUUCACAGCUUAUUCCGUUUAAGAAACCGGAUAGGGAAACAGGUGAACAAGGGGACAAGCUUUUUGUUGUCUAUCUUUCUAAUUUGACAACAAACAUUCGAAUAUGGAAUGCAUUGCACUCAGACCGGGAAAAUUCAAACUUUAAUAUCAUUAAGACCGUGAUGAGAAGUGAUGAUUCGGAUAUUGGUGAUCAAGUAGACUGCUCCCUUUGUUCCGUUAGAGAAGCAGAAACUAAUAUAGCUAUAUCGAGUUCAAGAGCCAUCGCUCAGUCCUUUGAGCUAGAUAGUGCUCAACAAGAAGCUGUUGUAAGUUGUGUUGCUACAAGAGAAUGUUCUCACCGGAAUAUGGUUAAGUUAAUUUGGGGUCCUCCGGGAACUGGAAAGACAAAAACAGUUGCUUCUUUACUUUAUGUCCUGUUAGAAAUGAGGUGCAGGACUUUGACUUGUGCGCCCACGAAUGUUGCUGUGUUGGGAGUGACUAAGAAGCUGAUGCAGAAUGUACAGAGUUGUUUCCAAUACGACACGUAUGGUUUAGGAGAUAUUGUCUUGUUUGGUAAUGGGGAACGAAUGAAGAUUGAUGAUCAUGAAGAUCUGUUUGAUGUCUUUCUUAGUAACCGUGUUGCUGCACUUGCUAGCUGCUCGUCUCCGAUUAGUGGGUGGAGAAUUGGUAUACAGUCCAUGACAUGUUUGCUCGAGAAUCCUGAAAAGGAAUAUCGCAAGUACUUAGAGAAACUAAAGGACAAGGACCGUGACGGUGAUGAUAAUGCGGAGAUAGAUGAUGAGGAAGAGGGAAAAAAAGGAAGUGUUACUAGUCAAGAAUCUAGUUCGAGCAAUGAUCAAGGACUCAACAAGAACAAGAAGAGUGAGUUGUGGAAGAAAUUUGUUGUUGAGACCUUAAAAGAGAACAAGAAGAAAGAUAAACAAAAGUCUCGAAGGGAUAACAACUCGAAAGAAGGUGAAAAAGCAAACAAGGUCAAGAACAAUGGGGAGGCGAGCAACAAAGAAGUAAUCGUGUUGACACUUGAUGAGUUUGUGAACAAAAGAUUCAAAUGUAUACAGAAUCAGUUAACAUUUUGCUUAACGAGCUUGUAUACGCAUCUACCUACUUCUAUCAUUUCACUAGAAGUAGCUAAGGAGAUGAUCAGACUACUUGAGAUGUUUCAAACUCUUGGAGAAUUGUUUGCUACUGUGGAACAAUCUGAAGGAUUAAAAGAAAUUCUACCGGGAUUUGCUACAAAGAAUAAGACAAGACGUUUAAAUAUUCGUACAACUAAAACAGAAUGCCUAAAAGUGUUGAAAUUUCUUAACGAAAGCAUCUCUCUUCCCGAUUUCAUUGAGGACUACCAGAUUCGAAGUUUUUGUCUGAAAGGUGCAUGUUUGAUUUUCUGCACAGCUUCUAGCUCGAUAAAGUUGCACACAGAAGGAAUGACACCACUCGAGAUGGUUGUUAUUGAUGAAGCUGCUCAGCUGAAAGAAUGUGAAUCCACUAUUCCGUUACUACUCCCUGGUCUCCGCCAUGCUAUACUCAUUGGUGAUGAAAAACAACUGCCUGCUAUGGUUCAGAGCAAGAUUUGCGAGAAGGCUGAGUUUGGGAGGAGCUUAUUUGAGAGGCUGGUAACUUUGGGACACAAGAAGCUUCUUCUUAAUGUUCAAUACAGGAUGCAUCCGAAGAUAAGUUUGCUCCCUAAUAGAGAGUUCUAUCAGAAGAAAAUCAUGGAUGGUCCUAAUGUGAAAUCAGCUGCAUAUGAAAAGAGAUUUCUUACUGGAGAUAUUUUUGGUUCCUAUUCGUUUAUAAAUGUAAGUGGUGGAAAUGAGGAGCACGAUGACAAGCACAGCUCAAGAAAUAAGACAGAAGCUUUUGUUGUAGCUGAGAUAGUUGCCAACCUUCAUAAAGAAUAUAUCUCUUCGAAACAAAAGGUCCGUGUUGGAUGUAUAUCUCCUUACAAGGCUCAAGUUUUUGCUAUUCAACAAAUUCUUGGCAACAAAUAUAGCACAGAUGUUAAGAGUGACUUCUCUGUGAAUGUACGUUCUGUUGAUGGUUUUCAAGGUGGUGAAGAGGAUGUGAUAAUUAUAUCCACUGUUCGUUGUAAUGGGAGUGGAUCGGUUGGUUUCCUCUCGAAUCUUCAAAGGGCAAAUGUAGCAUUGACUCGAGCAAGGUAUUGCCUUUGGAUAUUGGGAAAUGGUACAACUUUGGUUAACAGUGGUUCCAUAUGGAAGAAUUUGGUUGUUGACGCCAAGGUUCGCGGUUGUUACUUUGAUGUUACUGAAGACAAGCGAUUGAGUCAAGCAAUUUUGGACGCGACCAUUGAACUUAGCCAGCUAGAAACAUUACUCAAAACAGAUUCACUGAUAUUUCAAUCAGCCAAAUGGAAGGUUAUAUUUAGUGAGGAUUUCUCAAAAUCCAUUGCCAGAAUUAAGGAUGUUGAGAUAAGUAAAGAAGUGAUUUCCCUUUUGGUGAAGCUUUCGAGUGGUUGGCGUAAGGCAGAAAAGAAAAACAUGUUCAGCAACAAAGGCGGAAAUUCUUCUGGAUUGUUGGAGGAGUAUUUUGUCAAGCACCUAAAAUUGAUUUGGACCGUAGAUAUUCAGCAGCAGAACUCUACAUACCUUCAAGUACUAAAGAUAUGGGACAUUUUACCAGGAUGUCAUAUACCAAAGUUUGCUAAGAAUCUUGACACCCAUUUUGGUCAAUAUACCGUUGAUAUGAUGAAUCGAUGCAGAUACAAACGCGUGGAACGGUACAAAAUAAACUUUGUAUUUCCUAUGUCUUGGGUAAUUGAAGGAAAUGUUGUCUCAACAACAACCUCAGCUCACAGUAACCGGGAUGACAACUUGGCACGCCAUUUGGCAGCUAUGAAUUUGAGGGAUAAACCAGGAUCUUCGAGAAGUUCCAAUAAGUCCAAGAAUAAGAGAGGAAAACUAUUCCGCGAAUCAAAACAGAACCAACUUGCUGAAGAUUUCAUGGAAAAGUAUAUGCGCAACAAGUCCAAAUAGAAGUGUAAACAUCGCGUAAUACAGUUUUUUUGGUGCAAUUCACUGCCUUCAUCAUGUUAAUACUGCAACUGAUCUGGUGAUGUGAUCCUAUAGUUUUUGAAUCCUACGCGUUUGCUGAGAUGGUGUCCAUGAGUACUGUAAUUAUUAGUUACGAUAUUGUUGAAGUGAAAUGGCUUGUUAAAUGGACAUGCUGAUCUUUAAAAUGUAGAAAAGACCUUAUAUAUAAUACAACUACAAGGUCUUAGUAUUUGAUUGUGCCUACAUUGUGAAAAUUCCAUUCUGUUUUAUAUUCAUACACCAUACCAUGGUUCCUAGUAUUGUAACGGACUUAUUCCAUCAAUGAAUUGAUGUUAUAUACUUGGACAAUAUAA